AUGGCGCCACUCUGCUCCGAUCCGCGGCAGAUUGUCAUCAGCCUGAACCCCGCGCGACGAAAGGCACUCUAUAAGCUUGUCCAUGAGAUCACUUCAUACAUGAUCGCACAGCUGGAGACUCCAGACGAUGAACUUGGCCCCGUAGCCCCGGGAACGCCUACCGCCGAAGGCGAGAGCUCCAAGACCAAUGACGAGGAAACCAGGAGGCGCGAGCAGCAGAUCCGGAACAGGGCUUCGAAGCAGGCCCAGCAGGUUCAGAAGGCUGCUAUAAAACACAUGUCUGACUGGAAACGUGAGCUUAUGCCCAAGCUUGAGGAGAUUGCGCGAGUCCCGGACGACGCCAAGAUCCAGGGCGAGAGGCAGAAGCGACUGGAAGCUAUGGAGAAGAUUAAGCUGGACACCCCAGAAGAGGGUGAGAAUCUCAUCAGCUUCGGUGAAGUCAAAAUUGACAAGUCAGAGGAUGUUACCUCGCUCCAGGCCUUGUAUCAUCCGAUACCGACGAGAUUAACGACGAUCCCUCAAGCAGACAGGAGAGAGGCUAUUGUUUGUAUUCUCCUUCUCCUUCUUUCAACAGGAAAGUAUUCCGCUCAUUCACGAGCCCUGGCACUGUAUCUUGCAUCUGCGUUGGAAGUCCCCCAGACAUUCAUCAUCGCACAGGAGGUUGAGAUCGCUAAAUCUCUCCUCGAGUCGUCUGCGGCAGAUGAAAAACAAAAAGAAGCAAUGUCAGCGGAGGCCGAAGCUGCGAAGCGUCGCCAAGACAACAAGUUCAACCGGUUCUGGAAAGUCGGUUUGGCCUCCGUUGCCGGUGCCGCUGUCAUUGGCGUUACUGGUGGUCUGGCCGCCCCUCUAGUUGCUGGUGCUAUCGGCGGUGUCCUCGGAGGCGUGGGGCUGGGAGGAGUAGCCAGCUUCCUAGGCAUAUUCUGGAUGAACGGUGCCCUAGUUGGGGCUCUCUUCGGCGCAUAUGGAGCUAAGAUGACUGGCGAGAUGAUGGACGAGUACGCCAAAGAGGUUGAAGACUUCCGCUUUAUCCCACUUAAGGAGGAGUGGGGAAAGAAAUUCCAGCCUGAAGAUCAAAAAGCGCAGCAAGACCACCGGCUCCGUGUCACCAUCGGAAUCAAUGGUUGGCUCAACACAGAGGACGACAUCACGAAACCGUGGCGCGUCCUCAACGAUGACGCUGAGGUCUUCGCUCUUCGGUAUGAGUUAAAGUCUCUCCUAGCUCUUGGAAGCGCACUCCGUGCUCUCGUUGAGUCCUUCGCUUGGAACACGAUCAAGGUUGAAAUUCUCAAGCGCACUGUCUUGGCUACCUUGCUCGCCGCUCUCUGGCCCGUUCAGGUGCUCGCUGCAGCAUCCAAUGUCGAUAACCCGUUCAACCGCGCACACAACCGUUCUAGAAAGGCUGGCCGCCUACUCGCGGAUGCUCUCAUUAACAAGGUCCAGGGCGAGCGUCCUGUUAUCCUGAUUGGCUACUCCCUAGGUGCCACAGCUAUCCACGCCUGCUUGCAGUCGCUCGCUGAACGACAUGCAUUUGGACUUAUCGACAGUGUCGUUAUUAUCGGCGCGCCUGCGCCCUCAGCUCCGGCUCACUGGCGUACGCUACGCACCGUCGUGUCCGGGAAGAUCUUCAAUGUCUAUUCUGAGAACGACAUGGUCCUUGGAUUUCUGUACCGCGCACACAGCCUCGCCAUGGGAGUUGCCGGCUUGCAGUCCGUUACAAACGUCGAGGGGGUUGAGAAUUUGGACCUGAGCGAGUCUGUCAGCGGUCACUUGCGAUAUCCUGACCUGACAGGCGAGAUCCUGCGGAAAUGUGGCUUCGUCGGUAUCAAGGCUGGCACAGAGAUCGAAAAGGAUGACCUCAUCAAGUUGAAGGAGGAUCAAGUCGAGGGCAGUCUGAUUGACUUUGACGCAGACCCGUCGAAGGAUGCCCAGAAAACCCAGCCCUCAAACGAGGUAAAGUUGACGGAUGAUCUUCGUGGCCUAACCAUCUCCCCACCUGGCCUCGUCUCCCCGUCGGCCCCUCCACCUGAAGAACAAAAGACCCAGGAGCCAGAAACAGAGAAGCCGCCACUGCCUCGGCGCCAGACUGGCGAGGAUGUGGAGGCACCUCCAACCCUACCUAGACGUCCUUCCGCCUCUCCGCAUGAUGUACAACCGCCUCUCCCCCGUCGUCCUACGUAUGCCGAGAAGGAGGAAGAGGAGAUACCUGUGCUUCCAAGGCGCCCAACUGAGAGCGCAGCGGAGAAGGUACCGACAACACAACCUAUGCGUUCCUUGACGCCGGAAGCGUAUGUGUCCGACGACGAAGGCCACAGGGCAAUUGUUAUGAUUGAUUAUGGGAGCAGUGACGAGGAUGUGCAUGACUCGAAGGGACGUUCGUAG